UUGGCUCCCCCAAAACAAUAAAACACAAGAAGUUGCAACCAGGCUGCUAACACUCCAGAGGUGGGAAGAAUUAUUGGAUGGAGCUUGCCGGCUGUUAAAGGUCUCAGAGGUGGAAAAGAGCUUGUGGACUAGAAACUUGACUUUCCUGCUGCCCUUGCAGGCUGAUGGGUGCAGCCUGAGGCUUCCAAGGGAUUCCAUGCCAGAAGUGUGUGGCUGCAUUGAUCAUGACCAGCACUCUGGACAUUUUUGUGGGGAAUACCACCUUGAUUGACGAGGAGGUCUAUCAACUCUGGCUUGAUGGGUAUUCUGUGGACGAUGCAGUCUCUCUCCGGCUGCGUUCUGGCAUCUUGGAGCAGACGGGGGCCACGGUGGAUGUCCUCCAGAGCGACACCAUGGACCACUACCGCACCUUCUACAUGCUGGAACGUCUCCUGCAUUCCCCCCCCAAGUUGCUGAACCAGCUGCUGUUCCAGAUUCCGCCUUGCCGCCAGACCAUGCUGAUUGAAAGGUACUAUGCCUUCAACAAUGCUUUUGUCCGAGAGGUGCUGGGCAAGAAACUGUCUAAAGGAACCAAGAAGGAUCUGGACGAUAUCAGUGCCAAAACUGGGGUGACCCUUAAGAGUUGCCGGCGGCAGUUUGACAAUUUUAAGCGUGUUUUCAAGGCCGUGGAGGAAUUGCGCGGGUCGCUGGUGGAAAAUAUUCAACAGCACUUCUUGCUUUCUGACCGGUUAGCCAGGGAUUAUGCUGCCAUCGUGUUCUUCGCAAACAGCCGCUUUGAGACGGGGAAGAAAAAACUACAAUAUUUGAACUUUGAGGAUUUUGCCUACUGCGCCGAACAGAUGAUUGAAAAUUGGACUUUGGGGGCAGUGGAUACCAACGUGGACGACAUGGAUGUCGACCUGGAUAAAGAAUUUUUGCAGGGCCUGAAAGAGUUAAAAGUCCUGAUUGCAGACAAAGACCUAUUAGAUCUUCACAAGAGCCUGGUGUGCACCGCGCUGCGGGGGAAAAUCUCGGUGUACCAUGAGAUGGAAGCCAAUUUUAAGAAUCUCAGUCGGGCCUUGAUCAACAUUGCUUCAAAGCUCACCCACAGCAAAGAUGUUCGGGAUUUUUUCGUUGAUCUGGUAGAAAAGUUUGUAGAGCCGUUUCGGUCCGACAAAUGGAGCUCGAGCGACGUGCAGCUUUUUCUGACCCAGUACACGGCCAGUGCGCACACGUUGGAAGUGUUCAGGCAUCAAGCACUCUGGGAACGGUACAUGGGGACUCUCAAAGCUUGCCUGCUGAAGAUAUACCACGACUGAACCCCUUUAUUUUGAUU